UCUGAGCGAUGAGGACUCUGACGAUGAGUAUGCAGAGUCUAGUGACCAGAGUGUUCAGGAUGGGCAACUACAGAGGAUUCCUACACCACAGCAAACAGUUUAUAGGGUUAACAGACAGUUUAACGAGCUAUGCACACCCCUGUUGUACCAAGAGCUCAACUUCCUAAGUGGUGGGAUCACGUCUCAAAGUAUACACUACUUUGUUGCGGCGAAAUAUGGCCAGCACGUUCGAACCUUACGCAUACUGAUGAAUGGAAUCGCUCGGCAAGUUCCGGAGGAAUCGAUCCUGAAGAUUCUCGGCUACUGUCACAACAUUAGCUCCCUUGCACUAUACUAUAACUCGAUCAAUUCGCCCACAAACUUCAGAUUAUCCUCAACCUUGCCCGACACUAUCAUUAGAAUGAUCAAGGAGGGGAAUCUCGACAGCAUAGGCUUCUACUCGUGCAAAGUCGUCCAGGACAACCUCAUGUAUAAGGAGGUUCCAUUCGCGGGACCUCUCUUCGACGAAAUAGCCCAGUCCGAGUCGGCAUCUCUGCUCAAGCGAUUGGACAUCGCACUCCCACGUGUUCCAGCCACAACCCGCGACUUAAUAUGUUCAAGGUUUACUUCAUUACAAUCUCUAACGGUCCGAAAAGCACUUCGGCGCCUAGAUGGAUCCAUAUGGUCUGGAGGUUGCUGCAAGAUAUGGGCGUCCUACGACAACCUCACAUCUCUUCAGCUGAUUGGGUGCACCAGCGUUUAUCCCCCUGAUGUUCCGGAGCUAGUACAGCAUUUUGCAGCUCUGGAACACCUCUUGGUUUCUGCUUGUGGGCUGGAGUUUAAUGAGAACUGGUUGGUGGCAUCAUCGCCGUCCCCUCAAGUGCCUCCACCUAGAGCAUAUGAUCCACUGGGAGAUCCUCGCUAUGGUUCCUUCACUGUGGAUCCUGAAAUCUACCCACGUCUACAAGUCCUACGGGCAGAGUCUCUAGAGACUGGUUUUGGGAACGAGUACAACCGAGUACGGGAGAAGACCGUCGCAACUGCUCUGCAGGAGGUCUGCGACAAGAGGGGAAUAGAGCUGAGACGAGACGGGAAAUGGAUUUUUUCGCCACCAUCCACACCCGCGAUUCUUGGCCGCGCCCCAAAUAUACCCCACCCUGAUCGAAUCAACACAGAUAUCUUUUUCUGUCUCGAACUCGAAACUGUCUCACUGAAGAUAUUUGUAGAUGCGGGCUGGGCGACUACAGAAACAGGGAUACAUAACGGAUCUAGUCUCGAUAGAGGACUACUGCCAACUGACCCCAGAAAUGGCGUUGGGCACGAAAUUGAUGGACCGGCAUUCAACAAACCAGUACAAGGAGAUCCUUCCUCAGGUGCUGUAAGUGAUCGAUUUGGAGUCGAAGAGUGGAGUCACACCAGUACAAGAGAUGAGAUCGAAAAUGAGGUUACAUCUCGAUAUGGGCGACAGAUCUGUAUCGUCAGGGCCAAUAUAGAUCUCAGGGGCCCUGAUCAUUGUGAAGAAGGCCGGGAUAAUUUAUCAUUGUGCGUUAAUAUCCAGUCUAUUUGA